AAAAAAAAAAAAAGAUUUAUCGGCGUCGGUGACUUUUGGUUUUUGAGAUUUGACUGUUGAGAAGAAAAAAACGUCGGUGAUUUGGUUUUCGAGAUGGAUCGUAAGAGUUGGCCAUGGAAGAAGAAAUCAUCAGAAAAAGCAGCUACUGUGACAGAAGUUGUUGAUCAGGAAAAUGGGAAGAAGCCAAGUUAUGUCCAGAUCUCAUUUGAUCAAUACACGAAUCUAAAUGGUUUAAAAGAUGAAGCUAAGAACUAUGAAGAAAAAGUUUUAAAGCUUGAAGAUCAGAUCAAGGAUUUGGAUUUGAAGCUAUCUACAGCUAAUGCAGAUAUUGUAGCCAAAGAGGUUUUAGUCAAACAACAUUCCAAAGUUGCUGAAGAAGCUGUCACUGGUUGGGAAAAAGCUGAAGCAGAGGCAUCGGCUUUGAAAACACAUCUCGAAACUGUUACGCUCGCGAAGCUCACUGUUGAAGAUCGAGCAGCGCAUUUAGAUGGAGCACUAAAGGAGUGUAUGAGGCAGAUAAGGAGUUUAAAGGAAGAGAAUGAACAAAAGCUGCAUGAUGUUAUUGCUACUAAAACCAACCAAAUGGAUAAUCUUAGAGCUGAGUUUGAGUCUAGGAUUGGCGAAUAUGAGGAAGAACUGCUUCGGUGUGGAGCUGAGAAUGACGCGCUUUCGAGAUCGUUGCAAGAGCGUUCAAACAUGCUUAUGAGGAUAAGUGAAGAGAAAUCUCAAGCAGAGUCUGAGAUUGACCAUCUUAAGAACAAUAUAGAGUCCUGUGAAAGGGAGAUUAAUACUCUCAAGUAUGAAACUCAUGUGAUUACCAAAGAGUUGGAAAUCCGUAACGAGGAAAAGAAUAUGAGUAUGAGAUCCGCGGAAGCCGCAAACAAGCAGCAUUUGGAAGGUGUCAAGAAGAUUGCAAAGUUGGAAGCUGAGUGUCAAAGAUUACGAACUCUAGUGAGAAAGAAACUUCCGGGUCCUGCUGCACUUGCACAGAUGAAAAUGGAGGUUGAGAGUUUAGGGUAUGGAGAUCAUCGACAAGAUCAUCGACAAAGGAGGUCACCGGUCAGACCAUCUAGUCCUCUUAUGUCUCCAGUGUCACACAUAACUCAGGUUUCCGAGUUCUCGCUUGACAAUAUGCAAAAGUUCCAUAAAGAAAAUGAUUUGCUUACAGAGCGGUUACUGGCUAUGGAAGAAGAAACAAAGAUGCUGAAAGAAGCUUUGGCGAAACGUAACAGCGAGCUUCAAGUGUCGAGAAACCUCUGUGCUAAGACAGCUAACAGGCUACAAACCUUGGAAGCUCAAAUGGUGAAUAAAAGUCCAACUAAACGCGGCUUUGAAAUGCCAGCUGAAAUCUUCUCUCGUCAAAAUGCUAGUAAUCCUCCUAGUAUGGCUUCAAUGUCUGAGGAUGGAAACGAAGAUGCUAGAAGCGUCGCAGGCUCUUUGAUGUCUGAACUCUCUCAAUCCAACAAGGAUAAAAACAACGCGAAGAUCAAGAAGACCGAGAGUGCUAACCAGUUGGAGCUUAUGGACGAUUUUCUUGAAAUGGAAAAGCUAGCUUGUCUACCAAAUGGCUCAAACGCAAAUGGUACGACGGAUCACUCAAGUGCUGAUUCCGAUGCUGAGAUUCCACCAGCGACGCAACUGAAGAAAAGAAUCUCCACUGUGCUUCAGUCUCUCCCCAAAGAUGCUGCAUUUGAGAAGAUUUUGGCAGAGAUACAAUGUGCAGUUAAAGAUGCAGGUGUUAAGCUACCUUCUAAGUGUCAUGGAGCUAAUUUGAACGGUGUUACAGAAGAAAAGGAGAUAGCAAUGUCAAAUGAGACCACAGAGGAAAAAGUUACCAUUGUCGAGGUAAUAACACAAGAAUUGGCUGAUGCUCUUUCUCAGAUAUACCAGUUUGUUUCCUAUCUUUCAAAGGAAGCAACAGAGUGUCAGGACACGUUUUCUGAGAACAGAACUUUCUCUCAAAAAGUUCAAGAAUUCUCUGUCACAUUCGAGAGAGUCUUGGCCAAGGAGAAGACUUUGGUUGAUUUUCUGUUUGAUCUUUCUCGAGUUUUAGUCGAAGCUAGUGAACUAAAGAUCGAUGUGCUGGGAUUUCACACAUCCGCAUUGGAGAUUCACAGCCCAGAUUGUAUCGAUAAAGUCGCUCUACCGGAAAACAAAGCACUUCAGAAAGAUUCAUCAGGUGAACAUUACCAGAAUGGUUGUUCUCAGAGCUCAGAUUCCGAGAUUCCAGAUGAUUGCAAUGGAACAGCUGGCUAUGAACCCAAGCUUGCAGCUAGUAAGUUUACAUCAGAAGAGUUUGAAGGAUUGAAACUCGAGAAAGAAAAAGCAGAGACCAACCUUGCAAGCUGUGAAGCAGAUCUUGAAGCAACUAAGACCAAACUACAAGAAACAGAGCAACUUCUCGCUGAAGUCAAAUCAGAUUUGGAAUCUGCUCAGAAGUCUAAUGGCAUGGCUGAGACUCAGCUCAAAUGCAUGGUGGAAUCAUAUAGAUCUCUUGAAACUAGAUCAUCGGAGCUGGAAAUCGAGUUGACUUCUCUUAAAGGCAAGAUCGAAAACUUAGAAGACGAGCUUCACGAAGAAAAGGAAAACCACCGAGAAGCUUUAGCCAAAUGCCAAGAACUUGAGGAGCAAUUACAAAGGAACAACCAAAACUGCCCAAAUUGCUCAGUAACCGAAGCUGAUCCUAAAAGCAAACAGGACAAUGAACUAGCGGCUGCUGCAGAGAAGCUAGCAGAGUGUCAAGAGACUAUAUUACUUCUCGGGAAGCAACUCAAAUCCAUGUGUCCUCAAACAGAACAGGUUGCUUCUUCUCCAAGCCAAGAACAACAAGCCCUAAACCCUGAAGAUGAUGAAUACGCAACUUCCACAAAUCCUCAAGACAACAAAUUGAGUUCGCCUUCAGACAAGGAUACACAAUCGAUGACUACAAUGAAAUCCCCGGUAGCGUCGAAACAUAGACACACGAAGUCUAGAGGAUUCAGCAGGUUCUUCUCCACUAAAGCAAAGUAAAAAUAAAAUUAAAAAAAAAAG